AUGGGAAUUUGUAAAUCAAAAAAACAAAACCAUUCACCUCCAAUGGUGAAAAACCGAAAUGUAAAAACAGCUAAUACUGCUGAUAUUGUAAAAGAGAGUAGUCCCAAUAAUGUUGCAGCAGGUUCUCAACUAGUAUUUUCUCAAUAAGACUUCUUUUUAAGAAGUCAGGAACUAAUGACUCCAGAUAGAUUGAACACUGCAAAUAAAGGAAAGUUUUUUAAUACUUACACCUUGUUGAAUAACUUAAAAAGUCCCAACGAACAAAUACGACAAGUUUGUACUGUAUAACAUAAUUAAACCGGAGUUACGAAAAUUGGAAUUAUAUAAACCCAUCAUUAUAAACAAGCAGACUUAAUAAAGGUUCAAAACAAAAUACAAUAGCUUAAAAAAUUAGUAUGAAAUAUAUAUAUAUUAGGAUCAUCCAAAUAUCAUGUCCAUUUAUGAAUUUUUUGUUGAUUCCAAAUAAUUGUAUAUAGUGACUGAAAAUUAUGACGGUGGAUCCCUAUUUUCAAGAUUAAAAUCUGAGAACAAGGAAGAAUUAGUAACUAAAAACUAAUUGAUUUAAAUCUACUUCUAGUAAAUUUUUGCAGGUUUACAAUACUUACAUAGUAAUGGCAUAAAUCACAAGUAUUUGAAAUAUUCUAUAUAGAAAUCUCAAACCUGAGAACAUUCUAUUUUAAAGCUAACAAAGUUAACUGAUUAAAUUAGUUGAUUAUAGUAAUACAAGAGUGAAUAAAAAGGAUGACGACAUCCUUGAUCUUACUUAUCUAGCACCUGAGGUCAUUUAAAAAUAGGAAUACUCUCAGGCCUCAGAUAUCUGGUCUUGUGGAGUAUUACUGUAUGAAAUUUGGACAAGAUCCUAGCCUUUCAAGGGGGAUAACUACAAAGAGAAAAAGGAGAACAUCUUAAAAUGCAGAAUAACUAAAGAUGAAAAUUGGAAUAAUAUUCCACUUUAAGCUUAAAAGUUGAUUAAUUCAAUGCUGAAAAUUGAUCCAUGUAAGACUAUCAUCUAUAUUUAUUAGCUAAACGUUUAACUGCUGCUCAAUGCCUGUAGAAUGAAUAUCUCAAAAAUAUUGUAAGCUAUACUGAUAAAACUUUUGUUGAAGAUGUAUUUUAGAGAAUUUAACAAUACCAGUCAAAAUCUGAAUUUCAAAAAAUAUUGUUGUCAAUAAUGAUUAAUAAAUUGAUGGAUGAAAAGGAGAAGGAGAAACUAAUGGUUGCAUUUGAAGCAAUAGAUGAUAAUAAAGAUGGAAAGAUCACUAAAAGUGAACUCAAAAAGUUUUUAGCUUCAGAGAAAUAGAAGUCACUCACUGAGAAAAUAUUCUAAAUUUUAGAUUCCAAUUAAAAUGGAUAUAUAGAGUUUAACGAGUUUUUACUAGCCUCAUGCAAUACUGAUAAACUUAUCAAUUAAGAAAACCUCGAAUUACUAUUUAAAUUCAUUGAUAAAAAUUAAAGCUAAUAAAUAACCAUCAAAGAAUUAAAAUCCUUAUUCAUCGAAGCCAGAUUAACUGAUUAAGAAUGGGAACUGAUAUUUAAUCAAGGAGAUUUGAAUUAAAAUGGAAAACUUUCAUUUUAAGAAUUUUCUCAACUUUUAUAAUAAACUUCAAACUGA